UCCCUUCCCAUACUCUCUUCCUAUUGGAUGACGGCCGUUCGUGGGCGCGUGGGGCGGGAGGCGGAAGCAGCCGCAGGCAUGGCGGCGGCCUUGCCGCUCGCUGUGCUGGUCCUGCUGCUUCUGGGGUCAGUCUCCUGGGGCCAUGCGAUGCCCCCACGCGACAGCCUGCGGGAGGAGCUCGUCAUCACCCCGCUGCCUUCCGGGGACGUAGCUGCUACGUUCCAAUUCCGCACGCGCUGGGAUUCGGAGCUGCAACGGGAAGGAGUGUCUCAUUACAGGCUUUUCCCCAAAGCCCUGGGGCAACUGAUAUCCAAGUAUUCUCUGCGGGAGCUGCACCUGUCAUUCACGCAAGGCUUUUGGAGGACCCGAUACUGGGGGCCACCCUUCCUGCAGGCCCCAUCAGGUGCAGAGCUCUGGGCCUGGUUCCAAGACACUGUCACUGAUGUGGAUAAAUCUUGGAAGGAACUCAGUAACGUCCUCUCAGGGAUCUUCUGCGCAUCACUCAACUUCAUUGACUCAACCAACACAGUAAUUCCUACUGCCUCCUUCAAACCCCUGGGACUGGCCAAUGACACUGAUCACUAUUUCCUGCGAUACGCUGUACUGCCAAGGGAGGUUGUCUGCACCGAGAACCUCACCCCAUGGAAGAAGCUCUUGCCCUGUAGUUCCAAGGCAGGCCUGUCAGUGCUGCUGAAGGCAGAUCGCUUGUUCCAUACCAGCUACCAUUCCCAGGCAGUACAUAUCCGUCCUAUCUGCAGAAAUGCACGCUGCACCAGUAUCUCCUGGGAGCUGAGGCAGACCCUUUCAGUUGUAUUUGAUGCCUUCAUCACGGGGCAGGGGAAGAAAGACUGGUCACUCUUCCGGAUGUUCUCCCGAACCCUCACAGAGUCCUGCCCCCUAGCUUCAGAGAGCCGAGUCUAUGUGGACAUCACCAGCUACAACCAGGACAAUGAGACAUUGGAGGUGAACCCACCUCCCACCACUACAUACCAGGAUGUCAUCCUGGGUACCUGGAAGACCUAUGCUGUCUAUGACUUGCUUGAUCCAGCCAUGAUCAAUAACUCCCGCAACCUCAACCUCCAGCUCAAGUGGAAGAAACCUCCAGAGAAUGAAGCCCUACCCGUUCCCUUCCUACAUGCCCAGAGGUAUGUGAGUGGCUAUGGACUACAAAAGGGGGAGCUGAGUACACUGCUGUACAACACCCACCCAUACCGGGCCUUUCCUGUGCUGCUACUGGAUGCUGUGCCCUGGUACCUGCGGCUGUAUGUGCAUACCCUCACCAUCACGUCCAAGGGCAAGGAGAACAAACCAAGUUACAUCCACUACCAGCCUGCCCAGGACCGGCAGCAGCCCCAUCUCCUAGAGAUGUUAAUUCAGCUGCCAGCCAACUCAGUCACCAAGGUCUCCAUCCAGUUUGAGCGAGCGCUGCUAAAGUGGACUGAGUACACCCCAGACCCCAACCAUGGCUUCUAUGUCAGCCCAUCUGUCCUCAGCGCCCUUGUGCCCAGUGUGGUGGCAGCUAAACCAGUGGACUGGGAAGGGAGCCCUCUCUUUAACACCCUGUUCCCAGUCUCUGAUGGCUCCAGCUACUUUGUGCGACUCUACACAGAGCCACUGCUGGUGAACCUGCCCACACCGGACUUCAGCAUGCCCUAUAAUGUGAUCUGCCUCACGUGCACUGUUGUGGCUGUGUGCUAUGGCUCCUUCUACAAUCUUCUCACUCGAACCUUUCAUAUUGAGGAGCCCAGGACGGGUGGCCUGGCCAAAAUGCUGGCUAACCUCAUCCGGCGAUUGCGCGGUGUCCCCCCACUGUGAGACUCACCCACUUCAGCAGCUGCAGUUGCGCUUUCUGUGUAUGGAAGAAUGGUGGUGACCUCCAGGUCUCUUUCUGCCUCUUGCUCUCCCAAGAGUUGACUUUUGAACCAAACUGCCCCAUGACCAGGCCAGGUCCUAGAGUUGCACUUUCCAGUACAGUAGUUAAAUGUGAGCAUUUAAAUUUAAAUUAACUUAAAAAAUUCAUUUCCUCUGCUGUAGUAGCCACACUUAAAGUGCUCAAUAGCCUACUGUAUUGAAUGGCCCAGAAUGACAUCUCCAUCAUUGCAGAAAGUUCUACUGGACAGCACUGACCUAGGUAACAGGGUGUGUUAAAGAGUUUGUAUCACUGUAUGGUAGGUGGAAUUUACGGGUGUGGAAUAAAAUGUGGCUACUUCCCUGG